CCGAACAGCGCAUCAUCGCAGUCGGUUCUGUAGGUGCGGCGUGAGAGGUGACUCGCGCGUUCUCCGCUCGGCGCCCACGUCCGAGCACUCUGCAGCAACGAGAGCAACCAAAUCUCUGUCCGUCCGUCAUCGUCGUCGUCGUCGUCGUCGCCGUCGCCGUCCCGAGACGCUCCCGUAACCGCGCGUCCGCGAUGGCGUCCGCCAAGAGAAAGCAGGACGAGAGGAACCUGAAGACGCUUCGUGAGCUGGUGUCGCAGCCCGGCAACAAGGAAUGCUUCGACUGCAACCAGCGCGGGCCGACUUACGUCAACAUGACAAUCGGCUCAUUCGUCUGUACCUCUUGCUCUGGUAUGCUGCGAGGGUUGACUCCGCCGCAUCGAGUAAAGUCCAUUUCUAUGGCAACGUUCAGUCAGGAGGAGAUAGACUUUAUAAAGGAGCACGGGAACGAGUAUUGCAAGAGAAUAUGGCUCGGUCUGAUGAACUCGAAUUCACCCCAGAACUUCGACACCAAGGACGAGCAGAAGAUGAAGGACCUAAUGAGCGCCAAGUACGAACUGAAGAGAUACUACCUGGACCCGUCGAUCGCGAAUCAAAACACGGUGGUGCAACAGAAGUCGCAGUCCACAAACAACAUUCCGCGAGUCCCGAAUUCGAGCACGUCCACGACACUAGCCGCACCGGUCAACAACCAGAGAUCGACGAGCAACGCGGCGCCGAUUAGUACGAACAAUUUCUCCACGGACUUCGUCGCCGACUUCAGCAAAGUUCCCGACCCCUUCUGCUCGACGACGCCGGCUAACCAGUUCUCGAAUCAACCGAUCGCGCCUCAGCCGUUCUUCGCUAACUUCGAUAACAAUCCAGUCUUCAAUAAUUCAAACAGUUCGGAAACGUCGGCAAUGUUUAAUCAGGUCGGUGGCAAUUCCACGAUGAAUAUGAACGGGGCACAUGCGCCACCCUCGGAAGAUCGUUACGCGGCACUCAAAGACUUAGACUCGCUGAUGAAGCAGACGCAACUGAAAGAGGAGACCACAGGCACCCUAUCCGCGUCUACAUGGAACGCGAAUAAUUCGAAUGCACCAAACGCCACAUGGAGCAUCGUGAGCAAUCAACCACACGUCAUCUCGAAUCCGUUCACCGGUGGCGAUUUAUGGCGGCCGCCUGCGAACGUAGUCAAUAAUAAUACUCAACCCGUCGAUAGCUCUCUGUGCAAUCCUGCAAAUCCAUUCAAACCGACUACAUUUCCUGUAAAUAAUGACCCGCAGUGGCUAGGCAUCGGGUCAGCGAGUAACGGAGACGUCCUCCAAUUCAGUCAGCUCAUGACGCCGUUAGCGAAUAAAGUGUGGCAACCGACAGUUCCGGCGUAUCACGCAAAUCCAUUCAUGAUUUCAUCAUGUUUCAGGUGGGCACGGGUGUAAGCAACAUGACAAGAAAUUCGAACAACCCCUUCUUAUGAUUAAGUACGCAUAAGCUUUUAACGGAUUUACGAACAAACAAUGCGAAACUGAAAUACAUUUAGACUAGGCGAAUUGUUAUACGUGACCUUACUGGCAAUUAGUGCCAUUAACUUUUAUCCCCAGGAGCGCACCAAUCUCAUAUCUAUAUAAAUAAAAUAAUACUUUUAUUUAUGAAUAUAAUAUACACGUUAAUAAAGAUUAAUAUUUGUUACUAA